AUGGAUGAGAAGGAGAACAGCACAGGCAGUGUGGGGAGUCUGCAGCCUUCCACUAUCCAUGUUUUUGCCAACACUUCAACCCUUCAUGGAAUCAGGCACAUAUUUGUUUAUGGGCCCAUGACCAUGCGUCGAUUCAUGUGGACAGUAGUAUUUAUUGGAUCCUUGGGCCUACUCGUGGUGGAAUGCGCAGAACGCGUGGCUUUUUAUUUCUCAUACCCGCAUGUUGCCAAGCUGGAAGAGGUGGCCACAAACAACCUGGUUUUUCCCGCUGUUACUAUCUGCAACUUGAAUGAGUUUCGCUUUUCAAAGCUAACGGCAAAUGAUCUCUACCAUGCUGGUGAGCUCCUGGGAUUGCUCAACGUGCACCUAGAGAUUCAGAGCCCCCAUCUGGCUGAUCCCAUUGUGCUGAAAACUCUCAAGAAGAAAGCUGAUUUCAAACAUUACAAGCCAAGGGUAUUCAAUAUGCAUGAGUUUUAUGACCGUGUUGGCCAUAGUCUUAAGGAUAUGAUGCUGUACUGCAAGUUCCGGGGAGUGCGAUGUACUCAUAAGGACUUCAAAACUGUGAGUAAAAGUUUUAUUUUGGCCAUUUCUGUCACUCCAGGUUAUUCUAUUUUUCAAAAUCUUUCCUUCCUGUUCAUGCUGUCAUAA